GCCGGAGAGCGGCGGGGUCCUGUAUGUGAGCUUGGAGGGUAUUGGGCUGAAGGAGGAGAGCGGCUCUGAUGAUUGGCUGAGGCGCGCCGGAGGGCGGGGCGACGGAGUGCAUAAAAGGGGCUUGGCGGGCCGCCUCGCUUAGUUUUCAGUGUUUCCGUCGUUUGCGUCUGUGCCGCUCCCGCUGGUGCUGCCAAGAUGUUCGAGGCGCGGCUGGUGCAGGGCUCCGUGCUCAAGCGAGUACUGGAGGCCCUCAAGGACCUUAUCACGGAGGCCUGCUGGGACCUGGGCUCGGGCGGCAUUAGCUUGCAGAGCAUGGACUCCUCGCACGUCUCGCUGGUGCAGCUCACGCUGCGAUCGGAGGGCUUCGACACGUACCGCUGCGACCGCAACAUCGCCAUGGGCGUCAACCUGUCCAGCAUGUCCAAAAUCCUGAAAUGUGCAGGAAACGAGGACAUCAUCACCCUGCGGGCCGAGGACAACGCGGACACCCUGGCUCUGGUGUUCGAGGCACCGAACCAGGAGAAGGUUUCUGAUUACGAAAUGAAGCUGAUGGAUCUCGAUGUGGAGCAGCUGGGAAUCCCAGAGCAGGAGUACAGCUGCGUGGUGAAGAUGCCCUCGGCCGAGUUUGCGCGCAUCUGCCGGGACCUGAGCCACAUCGGCGACGCCGUGGUCAUCUCCUGCGCCAAGGACGGCGUCAAGUUCUCUGCCAACGGCGAGCUGGGCAACGGCAACAUCAAACUGUCCCAGACCAGCAACGUGGACAAGGAGGAGGAGGCUGUUACAAUAGAGAUGAACGAGCCAGUGCAGCUCACCUUCGCCCUGAGGUACCUGAACUUCUUCACCAAGGCCACCCCGCUGUCCCCCACGGUCACACUCAGCAUGUCUGCAGACGUUCCUCUGGUUGUGGAGUACAAGAUCGCCGACAUGGGACACCUGAAGUACUACCUGGCCCCAAAGAUCGAGGACCAGCAGGAAGGCUCUUAACUGGAGCAGGACUGGGGAUCUGCUCCUGGCUGGAGGCAGCAAUUCCAGAGCCUUGGAGCGUCCUGGGAGCACUGUAGCCGUGUCUUGUAGAUAUCUCUGUAAAUAUUUUUCAACUCACCAUUUUGCUAUCCUGGUAUCAUUGGAAAUAGGAAACCUGAGUUUUUCUAGUGUGUUUAUGUACUCCCAACAAUCUCUUGGAUGCUGUCUGAAGGUGAAAUUUCUUACUCCUUUCAGCUGCUGUUGGAGAGGAGGGGCGAUAUUUAAUGGGUCAAGAUGUUUCCUGGAGUUUCAGUGGAGCUGUAGCUUAGGGUUGCUGUUUUAUUACCCCAUGAGUUUAUGUUAUCUUACUUCAUUUAUUUUUAAAGCUGAUAUUUUGACUGAAACUUGGAAAAUUGAAAUAAAAAAUAUAAUUUCAUGGA